AUGAAAGUCCCUUUAAUCCCAGAAGCACUGCUUGAACCAGUAGUGGCCGAAGAGCCUGCAGCCGAAGAGCCUGCAGCCAAACCGCUUGACGAGAGUUGCUUCUACAUUCAGGUCUCCGCAAAGCACUUGAUAUUUGCGUCCUCGGUGUUCAAAAGGAUACUCACCGGUGGUUGGAAGGAAAGCAUUACUUAUCUGCAAAAAGGCUCAGUCGAAGUUACCGCAGAGAGCUGGGAUAUCGAAGCGCUCUUGAUUCUACUUCGUGCUAUUCAUGGUAAAUACUACGAGAUACCGCGAAAGCUGACCCUUGAGAUGCUCGCCAAAGUUGCUGUCAUAGCAGAUUACUAUGAAUGCAAUGAAGCUCUGUACAUCAUGAAAGACAUCUGGAUCAACAACCUGGAGGAAAACAUUCCCGCAACAUAUUCUCGGGAUUUGGUUUUGUGGUUGUGGGUGUCCUGGUUUUUCCAGCUCCCUUCCCAAUUCGAAGCAACAACAUCGACCGUCAUGUCAUUGAGUGAGAAUGUGAUUCAUGCUUGGGGGCUUCCAAUCUCUGACAAGGUCAUCGGAUUGAUGAACAAGCGAAGAGAGGAAGCCAUCAACAACUUGGUUAUCCUCCUUCAUCAAACACGCGAAGCCUUCAUUAGCCGCAGUCGAGGCUGUAACUUCGAAUGCAGCUCAAUGAUGUAUGGAGCUCUUACGAUACAAAUGCAGUCAAGUGAUCUUCUUUCGCCGAAGCCUGAAGCUCCUUUUCCAAAUUUGAACUACAAAUAUCUCACGCAGAAUGUGUUGUCGUUCACAUCACCCCGAUGGUCUGUGCCCCCCAUAGAGCAUUUUAGAGGUUAUGCAACGACUUACACCCACGAAUGUUCCAACUCUUCCUUCACAUCCCUGUUCGCGGACUUGAAGGAUUAUAUUGGAGGUUUGGAAUUGAACAGCAUUGAUUCCUUCUAG